AAAAAGAAGUUGUCCAGGAUGAGGGGUAAUUAAAAGAGACGGUAAUUUCAAACUUACCGUGCAACACUCACAUACGCAAAACGAACGUGAAGAAAGAAUUUUAUCAUUUAGAAGGGAGUUAUAUAACAGCUCCAUUAGCCAGCCAAACACUCCUCGAAGUAUUUAUCAGACUUUCAGUCCUUUGCAUGAAAAUUUUGAAAAUGAUCUUCCAUUUAAUGCCACACAAGCAAAUAUGACAAGAUGGAAAAAUUCACACAGUCCAACGGAAAUUCCGAAUGACUUAAAUCAUUUUUCAGCAACAAUAAACAAACAAAUUUGGAUGAAUUUACGUAAUUAUAUUGGAGGAUCACUUGAAUACAUUUUAAUAACUGGCGAUGAGUUUAAUUCUAUUUUAAUUAUUGAUCCGCAAUUCUCAAGACCAUUACUAGAAAUUGGCAACUUUUUAAUUCAUAUUUCGAUAACAACAAUUCCUUCUUCUGUAUGGUGCAAACAAAUGUUAUCCUUAAUAUGCGUCAAAAGUGGCUAUCUAAUCCCAUGUGCCUGGGCACUCAUGGACACAAAUUCUACACAAGCAUACACAGCUAUUUUUGAAAAAAUAAGAGACAUCACUCCAGAGUUUAAAAUGAUUUCGGUUCUAACAAAUUUUUCAAACUCAUUGCACACAAGCAUUUAACAAGUUUUUCCUGCAGCCAUAAUUUCGGGACGUUUGUUUCACUAUCAGGAGGAAGUUUACAAACUGACUAUCCAGCAUGGGCUAAUUAAUUAUUUAAUUCAAAAUGAUGACCGAGAAAUUAAGGAAUUUCUACAAUUUAUCUUCACUUUGCCACUUUUGCCAUCUCAAGUAAUUAAUUAAACAUUUUCUGAAAAAAUUGAAAGUCUUAGUGCAAAUGCUUAUAUCGUGCUGCAAGUAUUUUUCUUAAACUAUGACCGAAUUUGGUUAAGACAAGUCACUGCAAAUAAAUUCAGCGUCCACAAAAAUUUUGAACGAUGUACUGACAUGUUCGAAAAUUACAAUACAACCUUAAUAUCAGAAUUUGGGCUUUAUCCUAUGGUGUGGAAAUUUCCAGUAGCACUUUGCAAAAUACAAGCUCAUGGGUUCAGAAACAAAAAAAAUCGACGAUGAAUAUUUAAAUGGAAUUAAUGCACUGAAAUUAUUAAAUAGACGAAGUAUAUCAAGAAUUAGAAAUUCAUUGAAUAAUUUAGAGUUGUCAACAAUCACAAAAACUGAAUUCAUUAAUCAAUGUCGUGGAAUUUACGCAGAAUCGAGAAUUGAGUAUUUCAAUGUAAGUCUUGAAGGAUUUGAAACAGAGGACAUGUUAGAAUUAAUCAAUUUUUCUAACAAUGACGCUGAUGUUGAACAUAAUGAAUUGCAGUUCGAUCAAAAUCGCCGUAGAGAGGAGAAUUUCGAAGUUGCUGCUCCUCAAGGAGAAAUUACUGAACAUGAACAAGUCCAAGUCAUUUGCUGUAUUUGCCGUAACAUCGAAGCAACAUAUUGCUUUCGUCCUUGUGGACACUUGGCAACUUGUGAAGAAUGUUGCGUAUCAUAUGAGGCUCAAAAUAUUGCAAGGGAUGAAGAUGAUCCUAUGAGGAAAAAAUGUCCAGUUUGCAGAAGGGAGUAUGAUUGUACUCAAAAAGUAAUACCCCAAAGUGAAUACUACACAGCAAAUAGAUCGAUGAGUGUUUUUACAAUCGGCAUGGCACUUAUGGUUUCCUUUAUGUCAGCAGUAACUCUUUUAGGAGUUUCUUCCGAAAAUUACACGUUUGGAACACAAUUUGUCGUUAUAAACAUUUCAUAUGUAAUUGGAACUCCAAUUGUAUGCUAUGCAUAUUUGCCGGUAUUUUUUAAACUUCAAGCAACAAGUGUCUAUGAGUAUUUGGAAAAAAGAUUUGGAACAAGCGCCAGAUUAACAGCAAGUUCCAUCUACUGGAUUCAACUGCUUUUAUAUUCAGGUGUUGUCUUAUAUGCUCCAGCUUUAGCUUUAGAGGCAACAACAGGACUGUCAAAAAAUUUGAGUAUUAUUCUUAUAGGUGUUAUAUGUACAUUUUACUCAGCUCUUGGAGGCAUCAAAGCUGUGUUAAUCACUGAUCUUUUUCAAGGAGUUUUAAUGUUUAUUGCUGUAAUUGUUGUAAUUGUAACAGCUGCCUAUUCAGUUGGAGGAAUUCCAGAAAUCUGGAAUAUUGCUCAAGAAGGAGGGCGCAUUCAGUUUGAUAGCAUUUCUUUGGAUCCGACUAUUCGUCACACGUAUUGGUCUUUAAUUAUUGGUGGAUUUUUUACCUUCUUAUCGCUUUAUGGUGUUAAUCAAGUUCAAGUGCAGAGGUUGUUGUCAGUUCGAAAAAUUAAGUCGGCAAGAUUAGCACUGUGGUUGAAUUUGCCAAUUUUAAUGUGUCUUUCGAUAUUAACCUGUUUUUCUGGACUCGCAAUAUACACCAAGUACAGGAACUGCGAUCCUGUAAAAGAAGGCAGAAUAAAACUUCCUGAUAUGCUAAUGCCACUAUAUGUAAUGGAUACUUUAUCACACUUACCUGGACUUCCAGGACUUUUUAUAGCUGGGAGGAGCCAAGGUACGUUUCAUGUUGUUUUGGGCGAUCAUUGAUUGCGUCCUUAUUUGGAAGAUGUAUACCCUUACUCAACCGGACAGACCAUAAAGUCGGAGCUCGAGGGACGCAUGCACCGAGAGGGGCCUGAGCGGCGUUCUUAGGCCUAAUGACAUUUUCUAUUUAUGGCCCUUAAUGAGUUUUUCAUGAAAAUUACAAAAUUUUUAAAUAUUGUCAUUUUUAAUUCCAACAACAUGCUCGUAAUCGUGAAAUUUCGAGGAAUAAGAAUCGAUGGAGCUAUUAGAUUCAAAAUUUCUACUGUACAUAGAAAAUAAACACAAAAGACCUUAUACUUUAAAAUAUAAAGAAAGAGAAAAAGGCUAGGUUUCAGGAAACAAUAGAACAAAAAAUAGAAAGACAAGAAAAAGAUAGGCAGAGAAAACGUAAUCGACAAGAAACAGAAAUAGAAAAGAAAGUGCAUCAAAACAUAAAUUUGCUAUGUAAAAAAAAUUAUUAGAAACAGAAGUUGAAAAAAGCAGCGUCUAGGAAACGAUGUAAAGUGAAAAUAUGAUAAAAUUAUAACAGAAAGUGGAAAAAAAGAGCGCCAACGAAGGAAUUUAGAAAGUAAGAAUAAAAAAUUGGAUUUAGAAACAGAGAUCGAAAAAAGCAGCGUCUAAAACAUGAUUUAAAGCGUAAAAAUUUUGACAGAAACACAGGUUGAAAAAAAGGGCGCCAACAAAGGAAUGUAGUAUGUAAGAAUAUUAAAUUUUUAUUGGAAACGGAGGUCAAUAAAAAAGAGCGUGAAGAAAAAGAUUUAACCAAUAAAUAAAUAAGAAGAAUACUAAACAGUUAGAAACAUUAGGAACUGCAAUUAUAUUUUUAGAUGAAUUUAAUGAAAAAAAUAUUUCUAAAAAUUAUUUGGGUGAAAGGUCUUCAGAUAAUAAUUUUAAUAGCUGUUGUCACAAAGGAAAAGUAAAGUUAAAUGACUUAAAUCCUUAUCCUGAGUUUUAACCAAUUUAUUAUGUGACUUUACCUUUGUGGGUAAAAAUUACAGAGAAAAUAUUCGUUCGUAUAACAGUUCAUUUGCUUUUGCUAGCAUGGGAGGUAAAUUAGAAGUUCCAAACAGAAAAGGUCCGAAUAUUUUCUACAUUCAUGGACAAGUAUAUCAUUGUAAUACUGUCUUUAUCCAAAUGAUGACGAUAGUCGUAAAUAUGUUCAAUUUUAUAUAAUUGAUUCAAAUGCAGCUGUAAAAGAAAGAUUAAAUAACGAAUAUAAUAAUAAAUGUUUGAUGAAAUUAU